AAAUUUUUAAUUUAAUUAUGAAUUCAAAUAAUUCAAAUUCAAGUGACCAUUUUAAACCUAUAAGUGAUUAUAUUAAGAUUCAUUAUAAUCAUUUAAAAGUAAUUUAUUUUGGUAAGAAUUGUGAUAUAAGUAAUGAGGAUCUUGAAGAGAUUAAAGAUUAUGUUAAUGUAAAAUUAAUAGAUAAUUAUGACCAUUUUCCAUCAAAGUUCAAUUAGAAGAUCCGAUGAUUUCGAUGGUGAGUUACUGAGUUAUGUAGUUAUGUAGUUAUAUAGUUGUAGUUAUGUAGUUAUGUGCCUGAGACCUGGGUUUCUGGGUUGAUGGUGCGGGUUUUGGUGUCACUCUAUGGACGAUGGAUUGGUGUCACUUGAUGAGUUGAUGUUAGUGUCACUCGUACUUGAUAUCACUCUAUGAGUUUGGUGUUACUCUCUAUGAGUUAAUAAUAAUAAUAUAUUCGAUGGGUUAAUUAAUAUCACUCAAUGAGUUGGUGUCACUUGAUGGGUUUGAUGUUCACUUCAAUAUUUUAAUAUAGUCGGGAAAUUUUUGAUUUCAUUUAGUUUAUUUAGUGUAACCUUUUUAAUAAUUUAUCAUUAUACAAUUCG